AUGCCACCUGUAGAAGCUGGCAAUCAGUUCCAAGAAUGUCUUCCCACAGAUUCUGUUGGUGUUGCCCAGGGAGCCUGCAAACAGUACCUGCAGGCUCUCCCGGAGACCUCAGAGCAGUGUCAAAUCAACAGUGCCUUGACUUCUUUCCACACUGCUCUGGAACUUGCAGUAGAUCAGAGAGAAAUCCAGCACGUCUGCCUGUAUGAGAUUGGUUGGUGCAGCAUGAUCGAGCUCAACUUCAAGGAUGCAUUCAGUUCCUUCGAGAGGCUGAAAAACGAGUCCAGGUGGUCACAGUGCUACUAUGCAUAUUUGACCGCAGUCUGUCAGGGAGCCACUGGUGACGUGGAUGGGGCGCAGACUGUCUUUAAAGAAGCUCAGAAACUCUUCAAAAGGAAGAACAACCAGAUUGAGCAGUUCUCGGUGAAAAGGGCAGAGAGGUUUCGGAAGCAAACCCCAACCAAAGUGCUGUGUGUGCUGGCCUCCAUCGAGGUGCUGUACUUGUGGAAAGCCCUUCCCAACUGUUCCCUCCCCAACCUUCAGAGGAUGAGUCAAGCUUGCCAUGAAGUAGACGAUUCAUCUGUGGUUGGAUUAAAGUAUUUGCUUCUUGGUGCCAUACACAAAUGUCUAGGAAACACAGAAGAUGCUCUUCAGUUCUUUCAGCGAGCCGCUAAAGAUGAGUUAUGUCGUCAGAAUAACUUGUACGUGCAGCCAUACGCUUGCUAUGAACUUGGCUGUCUUCUAUUAGACAAACCCGAGACUGUAGGAAGAGGCAGAACUUUACUUCUUCAAGCAAAGGAGGAUUUCUCUGGCUAUGACUUUGAAAACAGAUUGCAUGUCCGCAUCCAUGCUGCUCUGGCCUCUUUGAGGGAAUUGGUUCCUCAGUGACGGGCCUGGGAGUGGCCCCUCUGUCCCUCCCCUCCCAGGGUCUGCACUUUGAAACAAAAGCAGAGGACAAAGCUGUUGGGAAGAUCGGCUUUUCUUCUGGAAACCACCUGUGCCAGGGACACAUCUCCCAGUGAAGCUGACAAAUGGAAAUCUCCUCUUUUAAACUUGUAGCUAAAGCAUAAUAAUGAUGAUAACGACUGUAAUAGCUAACCACCUGGGGAGAGGUUAAGUGACCUUGUUCAUUUUUGUUUUGUGAUUUAUUCUUUUUAAAAUAAAAUCAAACUAAAUAUUCAUCCUGUGAUCCUGUAGGAACGCCGACCUUAAGCACAGAUCCAAAUGGGUAACAUGAAGACAUACCUGUACAGUGAUUAACAAUAUCAGACCAUAGCAUUUAUAUUGUGUUUUGAAAAAAAAUAAAAACGCUUUCUAUUGUUUUA